AAGCCAGUAUUCUUGGUGUUCGGUUAGCAAACAGCGUUGCCCGGUCAUUGUCUGUUGCGGUAAGCAAACGCUACUUUUGGACCGACUCAAGGGAUGUCCUUUGCUGGCUGAACUCCGAUCAUCGAAGGUACAGUCAGUUUGUGGCAUUCCGGGUAAGCGAGAUCCUGGAGACGACUGAUGCGAAAGAAUGGCGUUGGGUUCCAACCAAACUGAACGUGGCCGACGAAGGAACCAAAUGGACGCGCCAACCUGAUCUCAGUGCCUCCAGCCGUUGGUUUCAAGGACCGGAAUUCCUACGAAAACCUCAAGAAGAAUGGCCAGCUCCCUCCCAUCAUGGACCGACGGACACAGAGAUUAGAGCGCAUCUGUUAGCGCACGUUUCUACGACCGAAUCCAUUAUAAACCCGCAGAAUUUUUCGAAUUGGACCACCAUACUACGUACAACGGCGUUCGUGUUCCGGUAUAUAUCCAAUUCUCGGCGGAUGACGAAGCAACGUACCGGAGGACCGUUGACGCAGCAGGAGUUAGCAAGAGCAGAGAACUUUCUGUAUCGCCUUGCCCAGAGUGACGAGUACGCAGAAGAAAUGGCUAUCCUUUUUAAUAAUCGCUUGUGUGAAACGGAUAAGCAACGUAUACCAAAGAGCAGUUCUAUUGCUUUUUUCUGCCCUUUUCUCGAUGCAUCCGACGUAUUAAGGGUUCGGGGCCGAACUGGUGCCUGCCCGAUGAUCGACUACGACGCAGUUAAUCCCAUCAUACUCCCUCGUACUCAUCAUGUCACACAUCUGAUUCUGCUUCAAUAUCACCGCAAAUAUCAUCAUCAAAACCAUAACACUGUUCUCAACGAGAUUCGCCAACGAUACAGAAUCCCACGUCUGAAGUCCACAUACAACACAAUUCGUAAGCAGUGCCAGGAAUGCAUGAAUGAUAGGGCAAUGCCACAGCCUCCAGCAAUGAGUGACCUUCCGGCAGCCCGUCUUGCUGCCUUUUCUCGCCCGUUCACGCAUAUGGGGGUGGAUUACUUCGGUCCGAUAUUAGUCACCGCCAACCGAAAAACUGAGAAACGCUGGGUACUACUAGCUACUUGCCUGACCAUCCGCGCCAUCCACUUGCAAGUCGCUCACACUCUCACUACCGAUUCCUGCAUUAUGGCUAUACGAAACGUCAUUGGUAGGAGGGGUACGCCGGCAGUCAUCUAUAGUGACCAAGGUACCAACUUCCGGGGUGCUAGCAAGGAGUUGAAGGCUGCUGUGGAGAAUCUUGACUAUGAACGGUUAAAGACCGAGUUCACGACUCCCCAUACUACAUGGAUCUUCAACCCACCAGCCUCCCCGCAUAUGGGUGGAGCGUGGGAGCGCCUAAUUCGCACGGUUAAGCAAAAUCUUAACAAGCUGUUGCCGAGCCGUUCACUGUCAUAUGAAGUUCUUGAAAAUCUACUCAUUGAAGUGGAAAACGUAGUCAACUCUCGACCACUAACCAGCAUCCCUUUGGAAGGGGAUGAAUCACCGGUGCUCACCCCAAAUCACUUCCUGCUUGGAUCGUCCAACGGCUUGAAGUCGUGGGUACCUUAUGACGACAGCCCUGCAGUGCUCAAGAAUUGCUGGCAGCUCUCCCAAACAUUGGCCAACCAGUUCUGGACACAAUGGUUGCGAGACUACUUGCCGUCGAUUACUCGUCGAACCAAAUGGUUUAGUCCAACGAAACCCAUCGAAAACGGCGAUAUAGUUGUCAUUGUUGACCCAAGUCUUCCACGCAACUGCUGGCCGAAGGGACGUGUUAUUUCUACGAAGCCUGGAGCCGACGGCCAAGUAAGGUGGGCUACCAUCCAGACGAGUAGCGGCAUCUAUGAACGUCCAGCGGUGAAGCUCGCCGUAUUAGACGUAGGCGUCUGUAAGGAUACGCCUCAGAAUGACCAUCGGCGAAUCCUGGGGGGGAGUGUUGGUUCCGCCACGUCUAUUGAUCCGACGAGCCCCAACGUCCCCACUUCUAUGAACGCGAAUGAUCAGACGCAUCCACACCCAAAGCGUACAAAGAGGAUGGGCUGUAACCCGAAAGGUCACGAAUCGGAGAUACGAUGAGUGGACAGAACGAUCGAUAAAAACAAAUAGCCAUUGGGGAAAACCUAAAGUGUCCAAAUCUAUCAACAUAUGAAUAAUAACGAAUUUGAGCUUAAAAUCUAUACCUUACAUACUAAACACCUAGUGUAUUUACCAUCUAAAUUUGCCCUGUUUUAUAACAGGUAAAAAUCAUGCAGCUUGAAAUAAUUAUUACGCGCUAAACUAAAUAGUUCCAGCAAAUAUUUAACCUACACUUUAUAACUUACAGUGGAAUCUCGAUAUAUAGUGAACUAAGGUGUUAAAUUCAAUUAGUUUUUUAAACAUACCCAUAAGGGGUAUACUGUGCAACACUGUAGCUGCUAGCAAUAGGGGAAACCGUCUCACACGCGUAUUUGAAACACCUGCGGUGAGUCAACAUUCAUGAUUUGUUAAAAGAAAUGAUCUUUAAAAUAACUGUAUUUAGUAGGCAUUCAGCUCAACUAAUCCGCUGCUCCAAGAUACUAAAUUUCACGAAGUUUGCGGUAGCGAAUCACCAAACGUGAGUCAUAGUAAUGAUAGGCGUAAUUUAAACAACUUCUAUUAAUCUAAAUCAUAAAUCCACAGGAAAUUUGUAACUAUUUUCCCACAAAUAAAGUUCACAAAUCUACUGGUUCGUUUAUCGCCCAACAAGGAGAGUAGAGGAAAUAAUCUGUGAGCCCACUGAAAGCAAGCAUUAUCCAUACACCAGCUAGGAAAUUCUCAAAUCAAACCAGAACGAAUGAUUCAAAAAAGUAGGAUACCAGACGGCGUGACCCUUUACAAUC